AUGUCAACCGGCGGGACAGGCACAAAUGCAGCGUCGGUUGGGGACAAGUCUCGUGGGAAGGCGCCGGCGCAUGGUCAGCUAGCAUUGACCACCUCUUUUAAGUCGACGUUGGCAGCCGCACUCGCCAACGUGAAGCGUCUGGAGGAGGAGAACAGGAGACUCAGAGGCGAGAAUGCAGGGUUGCGGUCGGCGCUGGAUGCCGAGAAGGGUCGGACGGAGGGUUUGUUGGCGACGGCGGCUGGAUGCCUCGAGGGUGUCAAGUCGCUGACCAAACGCGUCGCCGCGGCAGAGCAGACGGCCGGGAAACACGUCUCCAAUGCCACAGCAGCCAUGAGCACCGUUUUCGCCAAGGUCCUGGACGAUUGGGUGGCGUUGGUGAAAAUGUGCGGCAGCAUGGCGGUGCCAUUGGUGGGGGAAAUCACAAAGGGAUUGGCCAAGCUCGGCGCUGAACGCAGUGAAGCCGACCAGCGGUUGGCGAACCACGUGUCCGCCGUGGCGGAGAACAUGAAGGCUAGUAAAGGUGGAGCCGGCGGCAGCGCGGAGGGUAGGACUGGCGCCGAGGAGGGUGUGCAAACCGGCGUGUCUUCCACUCACGCCGACGGAAGGAAAGGUCCGGAGAUUCCCCGUCAUCGAGCAAGCGAGGUCGCACCACCGCCGUCCGAAGUGGAGGCCGACGCGGCGAUACCAACCGCCCGUCCGGCGACCGAUGCAAGUGCCAGCAUCGUCGGCAAUGAUGUUGGGGCUCCUGGGGUGCAGGCCGCCGCUGUGCACCCAGCCACCAAUCCGGCUACCUGUGCAAGUGCCAUCAACGUCGGUGUUAAUGUUGCAGCUGUUGGGGUGCAGGCCAACGCGGUCCCUGCUCAAAUGGUCGGCGUGGAGGAGGAGGACCCCAUGGCGAGAGCUCUGAUGGAGGAGCUUCUGGUUCUUCAGGCGCCUUCGCACCAGCCACCAGUCGCCUCUGCCAACGCCGCUGUACCAACACCUCACGUCGGAUUGCAACCCGUCGCCGGCGUCUCAACGAGUGCGCCCUGCACGGACCACACAGUCGCCGCUCCAAGACCACCGAACCCGGUCGCGGCCGAGAGCUUUGCGCGUCAAGUGGCAGCACCAUCCGCUCAUCCGCCAACCGGCCCCAACGCUGCGCCGACCGCGUGCCAACACGUCGCUGGUCCAACACCUCCUACGGAAUCGGUGUCGGCCAUGCUGCUGGCCGAGAUCAACGCGCGUCAAGUGGCUGCGCCUUUCGCCCCUCCGCCAACAACUGGCAGCGCAGCGCCGACCACGCAGCACACCGUCGCCGGGGUGACGCUCUCGGACCCGGUCUCGGAUAUGCUAAUGGCCGAGAUCACCACGCUUCAAGCGGCAACACCUUCCUCUUAG